GACGUCGACGGCUCGUGGCACGGAAAAAGGAAAGGCCGCAGAAAAUUGUACAUCGGCCGUCCACAUACACAUACAGUCACAAACGACAGUGUGUUCCAUAUGUGUAAUCAAAUCGUUCGGAGCCCCGCCGUUUAUAUAUAGAAAAUUUCAACGCACGCAGCUCUGAGGGAAACUAAAAUACCAAAAUAAAUUACGAAAAAUCGUGGCCACUUUUCUACAGGCAAACGAAAAAUUUUAUACAAUACCAUUUUGCACGGGUUCGAGUUAAUCGGAGUUAUUAUCGUUAUUAUUAUUCGCAUUACGCAUACGCCCCGUGUACCUUUCAGUGUGGUUCUCUGCGUGUGCUUGUGUGUUUUUGUGUGCGGUAAAGAGCGAAAAGAAAAGCUCUGCUUGCGUCGUCGUCGACGUUGCGACUCCACCCUAAAUUGUAUAUCAAUUUUAAAGGGGUUUUCCGGGUUUUUCAAAGUGUACCCUGCUUGACCAGAAAAGGGGCCAAAUGCCACGAUAUAAUCCCUGCAAGCAAUACCAGUGAGAAUCGAAUCGAAAACAAAAACACAAGGAAAAUGCGAGAAAAAUGUUUGGUUUAUGCGAAAAGUUGAUGACACAUUUCGCUGUCAUUUUGACCGCAUUUUCUCUCUCCCAGCCGCUGUUGUUGUUGCUGAUUUGCGGGCCGCAUGGCGGCACCUCCCCCUCGACCACCACCCACUUGGCGGAGGCCUCGGAGGCGGAUGAAGCCGUUGGCAAAUGGGCAACGCAGUUUGGCGACGAGCUGUUCGCGCUUGCGCAGAAGAUCACCAAGUCGCAGGAGAUUAAAGAGAAAUACAAGGAGUACAAUGCCCGCGUGGAGCUGAAAAACGGCACCGAGCUGAUCAAGUCAAUCACUAAAAAUGUGGGCAGAAUGCUGGCCAGAAAGAUGGAUGCAGUUCGGUGCAUCCAGGAACGUGCGGAAAACGUGAACGAGAAUUUUGAGUUUAAUCAAUCCUAUGCACUGACGAACUUCACCUAUAUCUCUAGUAAAUAUUCGACCUUUAAUGGUAAUAGUUCCGAGGAACUAGAACCGAAUGAAGCUGAGUAUGCCUGGAUGUAUAAGGAGAUGGAAUUGAAUCCGGACACACAUUUCUACAAUACGCCAGUGGACACGGAGCACAGUUCGGUACAUGUGCCAUCGAAUAUUUGGGAUCGAUCGGAGCGGGUGUUGAAGACUAUCAUGUGGUCUGAGCAGCUGGACGAGGUUUUUCGCCAGAAUUACCAAUCCGAUCCAGCAUUAUCUUGGCAAUACUUUGGCUCCGAUACAGGAAUCUUGCGGCACUAUCCGGCAGCACAAUGGACUGAUACCCGAGCAAAUCGGGAUGAUGCCGAUACAUACGAUUGUCGGAAGAGGUCCUGGUAUAUUGAGACAGCCACCUGUUCCAAGGAUAUUGUCAUCCUUCUAGAUUAUUCUGGUUCAAUGACAGGUUUCCGCCUUCAUGUUGCCAAGUUCACUAUUCGCAGUAUAUUGGACACCUUUUCCAACAACGAUUUCUUCACCAUAUUGCGUUAUUCAAAGACAGUGGAGGACAUAAUACCGUGCUUUAAUGGAGCCCUCGUCCAGGCCACACCCGAAAAUAUAGAGGUCUUUAACCAGCACAUUGAAAAUUUGAAAGAUCCCGAGGAUUAUGCUAAUCUCACCUUGGCCUACGAUACUGCUUUCCAGUUGUUGCAAAAGUACUAUGACGCCCGUCAUUGUAGCACCAAUUCCACCUGCAACCAGGCCAUAAUGUUAGUCACCGAUGGCGUGGCGGGAAACACCACCGAAAUCUUUCAGAAGUACAACUGGGGCAACGGCGAGAACGGCACCUCACGGAUGAAAACCAGGGUCUUUACUUAUCUUUUGGGCAAGGAGGUAACCAAGGUUCGCGAAAUUCAAUGGAUGGCCUGCCUGAAUCGGGGAUACUAUUCGCACGUCCAAACUUUGGACGAGGUCCACGAGGAGGUGCUCAAGUACGUCGAUGUUAUUGCAACGCCACUCGUACUGCAAAACGAACAGCAUCCGCCAACCUGGACGCACGCCUUCACCGAUAAAACGUACGAUCCCAAAACCUCCAAUGAACGACGACCUCGUCUUAUGAUAUCUGUCGGAGUUCCUGCUUUCGAUCGCUCCUAUCGACUAGCGAACAGCACAAAUCCAAGGGCACGUUUGUUAGGAGUCGCUGGAACAGACGUGCCCGUGGAAGAUAUAGACAAGCUGACACUACCCUACAAGCUGGGUGUUAAUGGCUAUUCUUUCGUGGUAUCCAACAAUGGAUAUGUUCUGCUGCAUCCCGAUCUGAGGCCUAUUGGGACCAAUGGCAAGAUGAAUCCUAACUACAAUAGUAUCGACUUCACUGAGGUGGAACAUCUCUUUGAGGACCAAAGUCCUCGAGAGCCCGGUGAAUCCAUUCUGAAUAUUCGAAAUGCCAUGGUCCGGCACGAAAGCAAUGAGUUCAAGAGCAUUUCUGUGAAAUUCCAUUACGACAAAAUGCGUCGUGUUUCCGAGGAGAAGCAGGACUACUUCUUUGCUCCCUUGCCAAACACCCCAUUCACCUUGGGCAUCGUAAUGCCCACCGAAUAUGGCAAAACUUGGAUUAAGGUGGGCGAGGAGGUGGACAAAAACAAGCAUAUGAAAAUAAAUAUAUCGGAUUUCUUUAUGGGAGAUAACUGGAAGGUUCAUCCCGAUUGGGUUUAUUGCAAGUACCACUAUUUGGAAGGUCAUGAGUUCCAAACACCUGAGGCAGAAUUACGCGAGUUUCUGGGCAAGAUGAUGAAAAACGAUUGGAAGUGGCCAGAGCAAUAUGCUGAGGAUGAAUCCGAUUGGGAUGACAAAGAUGAUCUGAACUGCGGCCGCAAAACACUGGGAGAUGAUGCCUACUAUUGCAACAAGGAGCUGGUGCACCUGCUCAUCUUUGACGCCAAGGUAACGAACUCCAGCUACGGCGUUUGGCGUUUUGAAAGCGAUGAAGAGCGCCAGUUGAUAGAGCGAUUUGGAGCUGAUUUGCGAUUUGUGGCUACCAUGAGUGGCUUAACCCGCUGGCAGUUUAUCUUCGGGGAGAUUGAGGUGGACACCGAUCGGGAAUUUGGUGAUUACCACACCACAGCUAUUGACGAGACGUGGUACAAGAGUGCAAUCCUGCAACAUCACGAGGACCGAGCGGAGAGCUUCGUCUACUCGGUGAAGCACUACGACGAUCCCAUGGAGGACAGGGAGGUUAAAGUCACCGCCUCCCAUGCCAUCUUCCCAAGGGAUGGCGGCAAGGAGGCGCCCGCUUGCGUUGUGGGUUUCCAAUUCUCCCACGCCCGGAUGUGGGAACGCUUCUUCAAUAUAACUGCAGUGGAUCAUUGCAACAAUUGCCUUCCCAUCUGCACGGACGACGAUGUUGAUUGUGUGGUAAUUGACAACAAUGCGUACAUAGUGAUUGGACAGAAUAUCAACACCACAGGCAAGUUCUUCGGUGAGUUCCACGGCGAUGUGAUGUCCGCGAUGGUGGAAAAGGGCAUCUUCCUAAGCAUUGACGUCUACGAUUACCAGGAGCAGUGCCAGGAAGAGCCAAAAGCGGAAAGCGAUGGACAUGGCCUGUUGCAUCCCCUUCGACUCUUGAGUUUUGGCUGGAAGUGGCUGGUGGGCCGGCUCUUCUUCCAGUACCAGAGGAUUCAGUGGUGGGCUGAAGGAGCGCCGUUUAUGGAAUACACUGAUGAAAUUGAAGACGAGUACGUGGCAGUGGGCGAUGGUGGAAAAACUUCGGCUGCCAAGCCAAAAGAGGAUAGUGACGACGAAAACGCCAUGUUCGAUGAACCCGAGCCAGAUCCCACCUAUAAGGCCUGUGACAUGCGGUCUACUCUGUACGCUCUGCAACCCGCUGCCCUGGUGGGCAUCAAUGACAUCGUGGAAACACCUACAGCACGACCCUUCCUAGUCAAGAAGAUACCGAACUCCAAUCUGGUUUUGGUGGUGGUCAAUGUCUUGAUGCCAUCGCGCAAUGUACGCCUGACCACCGAACCCCAGCGGAUGGAAUACGAUAAUAUAUUUCCCUGCUACAAGCUCAAUAUGAGUUUCUACGAACGGAGACGCAUCGAAGAGUGCUACACGGAGCACGAGGAUGAGGAACUGUACACCUAUUGCGGCAACGCCUCGCGGCUGGGUUUGACGCUUCAGCUGCUGCCGCUGACCAUAAUUUUAAUGUUUUACCUGACGCACAGCUUUAUGCGUUAGGGAUAAUGUACACAGAACUAUAUAUUAUACAACUAUUAUGUACUAUACGCGACUACGAUCGGUUUGUUGUUUAUAUAUAAAUAUAUUUUUGUUUUCUAUAGAUUGUAAACUAUGCCGUAGUCCAAAUACUUGUCGAAUGUUAAACAACAAAGGAAACCAAAACAAAACUGGCACAAUCUUCGGUACUAAAAACCACUAAAAGCAACAACAAUUUCAACUCUUAGACUUACAAACUGCGCCAAAAAUUAUGAAACUGGUCUUACUUUAUUUUAUAAAUGUAGUGAAUUGAUGGAGGCUGGUGUUAACUGAGGAGGCAACAUAAAGACCAACAAUUUUAAAGAGAAACCCUUUUCACACGAUGAGUUUCCUUGUCCCCGGCUGCUCCUUCAACAGUUUCUUAGAAUAUUAAUAAAAGCAACGUUUUUUUAUAUACCUAACGCCUUUAGAUAAAAGAAAAACCAACGUUUUACUGACUAUUUUGAUAGAUUAAUAUGGUGCAACCAAUGCCAAAUAUUAAAGAAAUAAAUUAGCAAAAAUUUGUAUAUGCGAACAAAAAUAAUUCGAAUGACAAUUAUUUUUGUAAUUUUAUAAAACUUAGUUGAUUUUUUACAACAAUGUUAACGUAUAAAUAUGAUAAUGAUGAAAGAUCACAAAACAAGACACAAAGCACUUACUUUUAUUAAGCAAAUUUGUCAUUUAAUCCCAGCCGAAAUAAAAGAGAAUAUGGUUUUCUUUUUAUGCAAAGAACAAAAAAGGGAUUACAACAGAUAAUAUUUAUUGUUUAUAUGACAACAUUUUUUAAUAUGUUUCCUUCCUGUUUUGUAAAUUGUAUUUUAUUGAACAUGGUGUUUUUAAAACGGCAAACGCACAGAUUUAUAAAAAAAAAAAAUAACACAACACAUAAUGACCACCUUUAAAGUAUGCAAUACUUUUCCAAUGCUGAGUUUGAAACCCCAUCUAUGUAUAAUUUACUGCUCUCUUCAGGCCUUACACUUAGUCAAAAAACUUUAGCAAGAUUUACACAAAAGAUGGAACGGAAAACCAAACCUAAAAUGAAUACCAAAACCUAAUUGCCUUUGUAUCGUAUUUCGAAUGUGGAAACAAUUUAUGAACUUUAUGAAUUUAUGCAUAGAAACCAAAAACAAAAAAUAUAUUAUAAUAUUAUAAAGAAGACAAGUUAUAUUAAGAUUAUUUUCAAGGAAAUGAAAUCAAAAUGAAGACGGCGUUUUUAAAGCUGAGCUAAGAUGCUGGGAUGGAUGGAAAAAUGAAAUGAAAACAGUUAACUAUUAAAUGUAAUUUUUUAAACAAACUGAAUUACUAAUACAUUUAUUUUUUGGAGUGUUUAAACGUUGUAAAAUGUAUAAAAAAAAUAUUAAACAACAAAAUCUAGUCAUAAUGGUAUACGUGGAUUUGCUGCAAGUUCAUCAUCAAAUUAAUGUUCAUCUCUAUGAGUUAAUGACUCUUUUUAAUCACAUUUUAUUCAAUUUCGAAACGUAUACACAAUGUAUAUGCCAUGUCCACUAAAACUAAAAAAAACGAUAAACAUUUUAAAUUUCCUUAGCAAAAUAAAUGAACUAAUCGUCGAUAAAUG